AUGGACCGUUCAAAGACCAUCCUGCUGGAGGUAUACGACACUUUGAACAAGCUCCAUUUGGAAGUGGACAACAGACCCUCUGAAAUUGGACAGUUUCCACUUUUCAACAGAGGUCCUCCUGAGCUUGGACAUUUUACUACAAGUCAUCACUUUCCAGAAAGGCCAAUUCAAGUAGACUUUGACGGAAGGCCACACGGAGGACAUUUUGUUGAUGGUUCACCAGAAACUGGACACUUUGGAGGAGGACACGCAGGUGGACACUUUGGAGGAGGAGAUGCAGAUGGACACUUUGGAGGAGGAAAUCCAGGUGGACACUUUGGAGGAGGAAAUUCAGGUGGACACUUUGGAGGAGGACAUGCGGGUGGACACUUUGAAGGAGGGCAUGCAAGUGGACAUGCAGGUGGACACUUUGAAGGAGGGCAUGGAGGUGGACAUGCAGGUGGACAUUCUGUUGGCCAUCCUAUAACAGAGCACAUACUAACUAGUAGCGAUCUGCAUAUCGAGGAAGGAAACAAUCCUUCUGGAUUCAGUAAUGGAGGUGGGCAUGUGUCUGGACAUAAGGGAGACACUGGUACUCAUCUCGAUGUUGCCAGCAAUCAUGGACACAUUCCUUCUGGUAGCAGUCAUGUCAGAGUUCAUUCAGAGAAAGCUAUCAAACGUAAACACGGCCAUCCCCAAGCCGUCCCUGGAAAUGAACACAAAGGAGGAGCCGUGGCUGUUUUUAUAAACAGACCUGCUGGAGGAGGGACCGGAAAAACUACCGUCACUAAAGUACCUGUAAAGGAACUAUCUUUUAAGGACAUAUUUAACGAAGGACCAAAUCUUCACCAAGAACAUUUUGCAGCAGCUCACAACAGUCCCUCGAGCGGGCACUUUAUUGGAGCACACCAGCCAGACGGCCCUCAUGUGACACAUGCUAGGACUCAAAAUACAGCCUUUAGGAACACCCAUCAUGAAGGUCCUUUUGGACAUGGACUUACGCAGCCUAACAGAGGGGUUGAAAGCUCAGCUGGCGAAGCAACAGCUAGCGUUAAUUUUUCUUUUGGAGCUCCUCAGCAAUCACAAGCAGAGGAUGCUAAACAUGCUGGCCUGGAUGUAAGAGACAGUCAGGGUUAA